UGAGAUCACAAACCUUAUCAUGCGAUGGACAGUGGUGGUGCUAUGCGUGCUGGCGGCGCGGGGCGGGGGGGCGGCGCGGGGAGGGGAGCGGGCGCCCAACAUGUUCGACGCGUGGACGGAGCUGUUCCGCGCGCGGCCGCGGGACCCGCGCGAGGGCUUCGUGCCCGACCACCGGCCGCACCACAAGGAGCAGUUCGACUUCAUCGUGGUGGGCGCCGGCUCCGCGGGCAGCGUGCUCGCCAACAGACUCUCCGAGGUGCCCGACUGGAAGGUCCUGUUGCUGGAAGCCGGCGGGAACGAAAACUUCUUCUCUGAUAUACCCAUUUUCGCCCCCUUCCUCUCCCUCACCUCCAUGAACUGGGGGUACAACUCCGACCCGCAAGAGAAGGCGUGCAAGGAUCUGCGAGGCAACGUCUGCUUCAUGCCGCGCGGCAAGGUGCUCGGCGGCAGCAGCGUCUUGAACUUCCUGAUCUACCAGCGCGGCCAUCCGGACGACUACAACGACUGGGCCAGGAUGGGCAACGACGGCUGGAACUAUUCGGAAGUUCUGCCGUAUUUUAAAAAGUCCGAAAAUAUGAUGAUUCCCGAACUGAGAAACUCUUCUUACCACGGAGUGGGUGGAUAUUUAGACAUCGACUACUCCCCGUACCGGUCCCCGCUGGAGCGGCUGUUCCGCGAGGCGGGCGAGGAGCUGGGCCACGCGUGGCGCGACCCCAACGGCGAGCACGUGCUGGGGUUCUCCAAGCCGCAGGCCACCAUGCGCCGCGGCCGCCGCUGCAGCACCUCCAAGGCCUUCCUGGAACCUGUCAGGUUUCGGGAAAACUUGAAGGUUUCGAAGCAUUCCACUGUUUUGAGGAUUCUGAUAGACCCGACUAGUAAAGCCGCCUAUGGUGUGGAGUUCAUGAAGGAUAAGAAAAGGUACGAGGUGAUAGCGCGUCGCGAGGUGGUCCUCUCAGCCGGCACCAUCGGCUCGGCGCAGCUGCUGCUGGUGUCGGGCGUGGGCCCGGCGGGGGACCUGCGGGCGCGGGGGGUGCCCCCCGUGCAGGACCUGCCUGUGGGGCACAACCUGCAGGACCAUGUCACCUUCUCCGGCAACGCGUUCAUUGUGAAUGACUCCAGCUUGUGUGUCAAUGAUGCGACAGCGGCGUCCCCCGCGGCGGCGGCGGCAUACCUGGCGGGGCGCGGGCCGCUGACGCUGCCGGGCGGCGCGGCGGGGCUGGCCUUCCUGCGCACCUCACUAGCCGCUGACGACCCCGCGCCCGGCCGCCCCGACAUGGAGCUCGUCAUGGGAGCCGGCUCCCUCGCGGGGGAUAUGCUGGGGAUACUGCGCUCUUUGCUUGGUGUGACAGACUCGUGGUUCUGGCAGGUGUACGGCUCGCUGCCCCCCCGCGUGCGGCUCAGCACGUUCGCGAUGAACCCCGUGCUGAUCCGCCCGCGCAGCGUGGGCCGGCUCACGCUGCGCAGCGCCCGCGUGCAAGACCCGCCGCACAUACAGCCCAACUACUUCCACGACCCCCGGGACUUGCAGGCGCUGAGGGAGGGCGUGAGAAUGGUGCAGCGCGUGAUAUCGACGCGCGGGUUCCAGCGCUACGGCGCGCGGCUGCACGCGACGCCGUUCCCGGGCUGCGAGCGCCUGCGCUUCGACUCCGACCCGUACUGGGACUGCGCCAUCAUGCAGACCAGCAUCACGCUCGACCACCAGGUGGGCACCUGCAAGAUGGGUCCGUCCGGCGACCCCACGGCGGUGGUGUCCCCGCGGCUGGCGGUGCACGGCGUGCGCGGGCUGCGCGUGGCCGACGCCUCCGUCAUGCCGCGCAUCCCCGCCGCCCACACGCACGCGCCCGUCGUCAUGAUCGCGGAAAAAGCCGCUGAUAUGAUCAAACAAGACUGGGGGCGAUGACAUUAGCAGGGUGUGCCGUAGGGAACACUUCUGUCAAUGAUGGGAAGGCCGCCGACAUCAGACAAGACUAGGGGAGAUGACCCAGGUGUUUAGGGAAAAACUUAUGUCAAUGACUAAACCAAAGAGGCGAGGUCGGAAUGCUCUGUGUGUUGUUUGAGGUUACUAAAGCGAUACAGUUCAAGAUUCAGUUGCUGAUGCACUGGAUACGCAGGCUAAGGCCACAGCUAAAGCUAAUAUUUAUUUUGAGCUUUUAGAGCUUCAGUAAUACAGUGGCCACCACAUGUUUUCCAGAAACUACUGUUCCACUGUAAGUAUUUUGUGAGAAUUGAUAAUGAUGAUGUGAUGU